AUGCUCCUGGAGCUGCAGAAUGCAGCCCUAGUUAUCAAUAACACUCUUCAAGAAGAAUGUGCCAGCCACCUGCCCAAGGGUAUUAAGCCUGGCAGUUCAUCCACCCCUAAUAGGGGGACAAGUACUGGCCAGCCAGCCAUGACCUUGAAGAAGCUCUCCAACAACCCCAACUUUGUGUUGGAAGAGGAGCAUAACCGCUGCUGUGCCAAAGGCACCUGUAUCAAAUGCAGGAAAAUGGGACAUAAGUUUGCAGAAUGCCACACAGGAUGGAAGGCAACCCCUAAAGAGGACAAGGGGAAGCCUAAAGAAACUGCCAAAAUUGGCAAAGAGUUUAGACCCAACUUGGGAAAAGACUAA